UAUUUGACUGGAAGACUGAAGCUGCUAGAGUAAUAAAAAAAUCGGGACACUGGCAUUUCAAGUUUAACGAAUCAAAGAGAUUUAUUUUUGCGAAAACACAAACACUUAAUGCUACCAUUCAAGAUGAGACCCAAGAAGAUGAAGACUGAAAACUCUUUGAAGGGAGACAAGUCUUCAGUUGACAUUUUAUUGAAGAACCAUUACGGCAAUGAAUGGCGAAAUUUACCUGAGUUAGAAUUCUAUAAAAUUAUUGACAAAAAUGCCACAGAAGCCCAGAACAGAACAGACCCCGACGAGGAAUACGAGAGUGAAGAAGAAGAAUCAGUCGUAAAAAUUUAAUAAAAAUGUUUUUUAUUUAUAUUAAGUAAGGAUGUAUUUUUCGUUUUGAACUUUUAUAAUGUUUAAGCGAAUAAAUCAUUUGAAAGUA